UUGAGAAGAGGGAAGUUUUUUGAAACCCUAAUCGAGACGAAUUGGGAAAAAAAAAGGAGCGAAAGAAGAAGAGAUCCGUACGUCCACUCGCUCUUCCCCCUCGCGUGGGAGAUCUUCUCUCUCAGUGCGUCUCAGAUCGAAAGCCCCAUCUCCAAGCUCCGGUAUCCCUGAAAUCAUAACCUCGUGGUAAAUUAUUUUCAUCAUGGACAUAGAUCUCAGGCUGCCUUCUGGUGGGACUGACAAAGAUGGUGAAGAACCAAGUGCCAUUGAUAACAUGCUAGAUCGUGACGAGAAACUACAUAAUGGAGAUAUUAUGACUGGAAGUAUUGUUGAGAUGGGAGAUGAAGUAAGGGCUGAAGAUGGCGGAGAUUUGAAUUCUCCCACGACAAAUGUGGUAGUCUUUAAAGAAGAUACAAAUCUUGAACCGCUUUUUGGUAUGGAAUUUGAAUCACACGGGGAGGCUUAUUCUUUCUAUCAGGAGUAUGCCCGGUCUAUGGGAUUCAACACUGCGAUCCAAAACAGCCGGCGGUCAAAGACAUCAAGAGAAUUCAUCGAUGCGAAGUUUGCUUGUUCGAGAUAUGGGACCAAGCGUGAGUACGACAAAUCCUUUGAUAGACCACGUUCCCGGCAAACCAAACAAGACCCAGAAAAUGCAACUGGUCGACGAUCACGUUCAAAGACAGACUGUAAAGCUAGCAUGCAUGUGAAGAGGAGGCUAGAUGGGAAAUGGGUUAUACAUAACUUUAUCAAGGAUCAUAACCACGAACUGUUACCGGCACAAGCUGUUAGUGAGCAGACAAGAAAGAUGUAUGCUGCCAUGGCUAGGCAAUUUGCUGAGUACAAAAAUGUGCUUUGUUUGAAAAAUGACCCCAAAAAUCCAUUUGAUAAAGGUCGAAAUUUGGCACUAGAGGGAGGAGAUUUGAAGAUUUUGCUUGAUUUUUUCACACACAUGCAGAAUGCGAAUGCUAACUUCUUCUAUGUGAUAGAUUUGGGGGAAGAUCAACGUCUCAAAAAUUUGUUCUGGGUUGAUGCCAAAAGCAGGCAUGACUAUACCAAUUUCAGUGAUGUAGUGUCCUUUGAUACCACCUAUAUUAGAAAUAAAUAUAAGAUGCCUCUUGCUCUAUUUAUUGGAGUGAAUCAACACUAUCAAUUCAUGUUGCUUGGAUGUGCUUUGUUAUCAGAUGAAAGCGCAUCGACACUCUCUUGGUUAAUGCAGACGUGGCUGAAUGCAAUGGGUGGUCAAGCACCAAAGGUUAUUAUAAGUGACCAUGACAGAGUGUUGAAAUCAGUUAUUUCACAGGUCUUUCCAAGUGUUCAUCAUUGCUUUUGUUUAUGGCACAUAUUGGGGAAGGUUACUGAAAAUCUUGGUCAUGUAAUUAAACGACAUGAAAAUUUCAUGGCAAAAUUUGAAAAAUGCAUUUACAGGUCAUGGACAGUUGAAGAAUUUGAAAAGAGGUGGUGGAAAAUUCUUGAUAAAUUUGAACUCAAAGAUGAUGAAUGGGUUCACUCAUUGUAUGAAGAUAGAAAACAAUGGGUUCCAACAUUCAUGAGGGAGGCUCUUUUAGCUGGAAUGUCUACCAUACAACGAUCUGAGAGCGUAAACUACUAUUUUGACAAGUACGUGCAUAAGAAGACCACUGUUCAAGAGUUCUUUAAACAAUAUGAAACAAUUUUACAAGACAGGUAUGAAGAGGAAGCUAAGGCAGAUUCUGAUAUGUGGAACAAGCAGCCCACAUUAAGGUCUCCUUCCCCUUUCGAGAAAACUGUUUCUGGGGUUUAUACAAAUGCUGUGUUCAAGAGAUUUCAAGUUGAGGUUGUGGGUGCGGUUGCUUGUCAUCCAAAGAAGGAAAGACAAGAUGAGAUGGGCGUUGUGUUUCGAGUUCAAGAUUUUGAAAAGAACCAAGACUUCCUUGUUUCGUGGAAUGAGAUGAAGUCAGAAGUUUCUUGUUUAUGCAGGUUAUUUGAAUACAAGGGUUAUCUUUGUAGACAUGCUCUGAUUGUUCUCCAAAUUUGUGGCGUGUCUGCCAUCCCAGCCCAAUAUAUUUUAAAAAGAUGGACAAAAGAUGCAAAGAACAGGCAUUUGACAGGAGAAGAAUCCAACCAAGUACAAUCUAGGGUGCAGCGGUACAAUGAUUUAUGUCAACGGGCGAUGAAAUUGAGUGAAGAAGGUUCUCUAUCACAUGAGAGUUAUAGUCUUGCUUGCCGUGCACUAGAUGAAGCUUUUGGAAAUUGCACGAGUGUGAAUAAUUCUACUAGAAGUCUUGCAGAAGCUGGUCCAUCAGCCACUCAUGGCCUACUGAGCCUUGAAGAGGAUGCCCAAAGCAAAAGUAUUGGCAAGACAAAUAAAAAAAGGACCCCAGCGAAGAAAAGAAAGGUGAGUUUUGAGCCGGAUGUUAUUACUGUUGGGACACAAGACAGCUUGCAACAAAUGGAGAAGUUAAACUCUAGAGCAGUAACUCUCGAUAGCUAUUAUAGUGCACAGCAGGGCGUGCCAGGAAUGAUACAGUUGAACUUGAUGGCACCAACGCGGGAUAAUUAUUAUGGCAGUCAACAAACCAUUCAGGGGCUUGGACAGUUAAACUCAAUAGCCCCAAGCCACGAUGGAUAUUACAGUGCUCAACAAAGCAUACAUGGGCUGGGACAGAUGGAUUUUUUCCGAGCACCAGCUGGUUUCACUUACAGCAUUCGGGAUGAUCCCAACGUGAGAACGGCAUCUCUGCACGACGAUGCACCGAGACAUGGAUGAGGAGCACCGGAUUCACUCUGAAGGUGGAGAGACAAUCUGUUGAAGCUAAUUUCUCUGUAGAAAGGAGUCUAUCAUGCCUUGUAUGGAAGGACAUCACUCUAGAGAAAACCUGCUCUUUUGGUGUCUGUAAAAUGAUGUAGAGUAGGCUGUUGUUCAUCUUUUUUCCAGUCUUAUGUGAAAUCUCAUUUAGCGUCCAAAAAAUAGAUUACCUAGAGUUUUUUUAUUUUUUUUUAUUUUUUUUAUUUUCUGUAAAGGGUAUUGUUUUGUAAUUUGUAUUUCUGAUUGUUUAGCUUAAAUAGGAUUAGCUCCAAUCAGAAAAAAUUUAGUUCAAGUUCAAUUCCUACCACCACGGAUUAGUGUGUUGUUACUUUUUAUGCGCAUG